AUGUUUAUCAGAGUGAAACUAGAAGACUUCCUUAAAGGAGAAUGGACCAAGAUCUCCACUACAGUGAAUUUAGUGGAUGUUGUACUGCCUCCAGAGCCCAAGACCAGAGAACAGUUGUUACCAUAUUCCUGUCAGCUCAGACUGGACCCAAACACAGCAUACACACUCCUCUCUUUGUCUAAAGGGAACAGAAAGGUGACCUAUACAAGCCAAGUCCAACCAUAUCCUGACCAUCCAGACAGAUUCACUAACCAUUACCAGGUUCUGUGUAGAAAGGGUCUGUCUGGACGCUGUUACUGGGAGGUGGAGUGGAGUGGGGAGUUGGUUGUUACAGCAGUCUCAUAUAAAGACAUCAGCAGAACAGAGAGAGGUAAUAUAUUUGGACACAAUAACAAGUCUUGGAGUUUACAGUGCUGUAGUGAUGGUUAUUGUUUCAUACACAAUAAUGUUGUGACUAAAGUAUCAGGCCCUCAGUCCUCCAGAGUAGGAGUGUACCUGGAUCACAAGGCAGGUACUCUGUCCUUCUACAGUGUCUCUGACACAAUGACCCUCCUCCACAGAGUCCAGACCACAUUCACUCAGCCCCUCUAUCCUGGGUUUAGUCUCUUUUAUAGUACUGCUAAGCUGGUUAAACUGUAGUUGGGUCCACAUAGAUACUAGUCAUGCUGGUGUAGUCUAUAGCUGAGCUGGUUAAACUGUAGUAGGGUC